GAGAACGAGCGAGCGAGUGCGAGCGACGACGACGAGAGCGAGCUCGCUGGGAAGGUGAGGGAGGCGGCGAAGCCGAGGCGCCGAGGCGUGGGUCUGGUCAGGUCCGGUCUGGUCCGCGAAAAUGUCCGUUUGACACGGUUCAGACUAUUUUGACCAUGGAUGGUGAGGAAAUACCAGACUUUUCAAGUUUAAAGGAGGAAACUGCUUAUUGGAAGGGACUUUCCUUGAAAUACAAACAAAGUUUUCAAGAGGCACAGGAAGAGCUGGUUGAAUUCCAAGAAGGAAGCAGAGAAUUAGAAGCAGAAUUGGAGGCUCAGCUAGUACAGGCUGAACAAAGAAAUAGAGACUUACAAGCUGAUAACCAAAGAUUGAAAUAUGAAGUCGAAGCAUUAAAGGAGAAACUAGAACAUCAGUAUGCACAGAGUUAUAAGCAGGUCUCUGUUUUGGAAGAUGAUUUGAGUCAGACACGAGCCAUUAAAGAACAAUUACAUAAGUAUGUAAGAGAGUUGGAGCAGGCUAAUGAUGACCUGGAGAGAGCAAAAAGAGCGACAAUAGUUUCCCUUGAAGACUUUGAACAAAGGCUGAAUCAAGCCAUUGAACGAAAUGCAUUUUUGGAAAGUGAACUUGAUGAAAAGGAGUCUUUGCUGGUUUCUGUACAGAGGCUAAAGGAUGAAGCAAGAGAUUUAAGACAAGAACUAGCAGUACGUGAAAGGCAACAAGAAGUAACUAGAAAGUCAGCUCCUAGUUCUCCAACUCUAGACUGUGAAAAAAUGGAUUCUGCUGUCCAGGCAUCCCUCUCCUUGCCAGCCACUCCUGUGGGGAAAGGGACUGAGAACAGCUUUCCUUCACCAAAAGGUAUACCAAAUGGUUUUGGUACCAGCCCACUAACUCCUUCUGCAAGGAUAUCAGCAUUAAACAUUGUGGGGGAUCUCUUGCGGAAAGUAGGGGCCUUAGAAUCCAAAUUAGCUGCUUGCAGGAAUUUUGCAAAGGAUCAAGCAUCACGAAAAUCCUAUAUUUCAGGGAAUGUUAAUUGUGGCCUGGUGAAUAGCAACAGCACAAAGUUCUCUCGUUCAGGGCAUACAUCUUUCUUUGAUAAAGGGCAAGAAAAAGUCAUAUUCCCCACCUUGUUCAUGGGACAGUAAAUGGCCUUGACCAAGUUCCUCCAACUGGUCUGGGCUCUUCCAGACCAUCAUCUGCUCCAGGUAUGCU